UUCAUUUGAUUCGAUAUUUGAUUCAUUUAAACAACUAAAUAAUUUUCAACAAUUAUUUCUUUUGUUGAAUUCUGUGUUGAUUAACUUUAUAUCGAUUCUUUUGUAGGUGUUUGUUGAAUUUGAAAUCAAUCAAAUAAAAAAAUGGCAGAUGAAAAAAUGGCCGAAAGAGAACGUAAAAGGCUUGAAAUUCGUGAACGUUUGGAAGCACAGCUUAAAAGUUCACAAAAGAAAAAAGGUUUCAUGACACCGGAACGUAAAAAACGACUUCGUCAAUUGCUUCGUCGUAAAGCAGCCGAUGAAGUAAAACGACAACAAGAACAAAAAGAAAGAGAACGACAAAGAAUAAUCACUGAACGUACGGGCGAAUUAAGACCUUUGCCAGAUGACGUUGAUGAAUUGACCGAAAUUUGUAAGGAAUUUCAUAAUCGAAUUUACAAACUUAAUGAAGAGAAAUGGGAUCUAGAAUUGAUUACUUGUGUUAAAGAAUAUGAAAUUGCCGAUCUUCAAUCACGUGUUAACGAUAUGAGAGGCAAAUUCAUUAUACCGCCAUUGAAAAAAGUAUCAAAAUAUCAAACACAAUUGGAAAAGAUGCGACAAUGGACAUAUAAAUUGGCUAAAAUGGAUAUGCGUGGUGCAUUGAAAUCGGUGAAAAAAGAAAUCGAAUUAGAUGAUAAGCAUAAAAAGACCGAGACCAAACCAGUAUGGGUAGCUGAAACUAAAGCAGUUAAACAAACAGUCGAAACUGCCGAUUCAGGCGAUAUGGAUGAUGAUGAAGAAGAGUGAACAAUGAAACAAAAUGUUUGUUCACAAUGAUUAUAUUUAUUCACUUAUUAUCAUUCGUUUGUCUUUAUUACUUAGCAAAUAAAAUGAAUAAAAUAUAUUG